UCAAAACUGUAACCUAACCUAACAAAUACGAAAUUUCUUUUCUUCCAACAGGGUAGUUUCCUCUGUAGUUUUAAUAUUUUUCGUUUUUGAUUCACAAUGAGGAAAACACCUAUUCUUUUACGCCAACACAUAGGAUGGCACUUCACGAAGCAUUGGGUAGUACAAGGCAAGCGAAAACCUCUAGACACUGGUGCAGAGGAGAUUUUGAAACAAAAAGGUAUCCCCGUUUACAAACCUGAGGAAUUGUUCAGGGAAAAGAGAGAAUUCCAAAAAGUUGAGGUAGUUGGAUAUAUGGAUAAACCAGUAGCUUUAGACAACACACAUCCAGAUUGGCAUGAUCGUACAUUGCUUUCUUUCAAAGACAACAAUGUAUUGCUGGAAGGGCUUUCUCAAGCUCAAAUAAUCACAAAAUCAGUUGAAAUAAAGAAGGGUUUACCAGACAGUAUUGAGUUGAGGGAAUUGACAAAGGAUGAUAGAGAAGCUGCAGAAAGGCUCACUUUAAACUCUCAGCUUUUGGAUGCUGAACAAAAAAAGUUGCCAAAAAUCAAAGACCCUGCAAGGCCAGCAUGGAAUUUUCCAAGGACAUAUGGGAUCACACAAAGCAGAAGAAACAAACGCAUAACAUCAAAACUGCUCAGCCACAUCGAGUCCACCAGCGACCGGCGGCUAACUAAAGAACGCCACAUAUUCGAGAACCUGCCGUUCUCCUUCUCUUUCGAGCGAAGCGGCAACCUGGUGCAGCUGCGACUGAGCGGCGAUUUCGUGCUCGCGUCGUCAACGCCGCUAAAGCCUGUCACGAGCGAAUCGACGGAUGACGUCACGUUGCCGGACAUCGAUCCGAUCGAUCCGCUGAUCACACUGAUGCCGGAGAAUAUUUAUCGAACGGAGAACGUUUAUCCAAUCAAGCCGACUGUUAAGAAAUCACACCCGCAUACUCUCUUCACGUUUUUCGACAGGGAAGAGGUAAGGAAUCUGUAUGAGGAAGAAGUGACGGAUCAACAAAUUUUCGGCAGAUCUUUGAUGAAAACAUUCACUGCUGCCGCCAGUUAUGCUAGACAGAGAUACGGGAACGAUGUUGGUACUCUUCCUAGCCCGGUGACUCUACAGUGCGUACAAACUGACGGACAAUUCUUCCAUUUGGGAGUCCUCCAGCUGAAUACCUUGGAUUUGGAGAAGGGGGCCACCAAGAACGUGUGGUACCAGACGCCCAUGCAGUACCUGUACGACAGCUGCUCGUACCAAGUCGGCAGGCCCGUUCUAGCAGGAUUCAACGGUGAUAUAAUCAAACAGCUUUACGGUUUUUAUAAUAAUGUUUAGUGAUAAUAAAAGUACAAAGUGAAUUGUCUCAGUUGGUGGAUGUCAACUUAUUCAUGUUUUGAGGUCGCUCUACUAGCAAGCUACCAACAAUUUUGACUCAAUACUCUAUCGAUCAAUCAAGAACGUGAGGUGCCAGACGCCCAUGCAGUACCUGUACGAGAGCUGCUCGUACCAAGUCGGCAGGCCUGUUUGGACUGGAUACAACUGUGGUAAUCAAACAGCUUUUGGUAUUGGUAUUGGUAGGUUGGAUGGUGCCAGAUGCGCUGCGACCUAAUUAGAUCUAUUUUGCCCCAUCUGAUUUUGCUAUAUCAAGGAUUUCUUGUUCAUAGCAGCCCCUCAAGAUUCAAUUCCUUCAGAAAUUUGAGGAUUUUGAGGGGAUCUUUUUGUGCUAUUUCUUCCACAGUCAGCUGGUGUGUUCCCAGUAUGUUCAAUCUUUUGUGAUGUACAGCGUCACACUCCAUCAGUAUGUGAUGUGUCUUAGAUCUUUCUCGGUUG